AUGCUGGCGGCGGUGUCCUUUAAAACAGAUCCUCGAAGAGAAGCGCUAGGAACCCUUAUCCAGGAGGCGUACGACCGAGGUGACGACGCAGAGGCUACCUCUUUGCUGAAGGUGUUGAACAAGGGUGGCGGCCAGGCGAAACAACCAAAUCCUUACGUCAUGGACAAGGAUGAAACCCGCUCGAACAAGUCGGACGGAACGUCGGUGGCAUUUGUGCGAGAGGUAGUGCCAAACAAGAUCACUGUUCAGCAACCAACUCAGACACAGCCGAUUCAGACUCAAGUCGACCAAGCCAUCCCCCAAGCUCCCGCCCUAAACAUCAGAAACACGGAGUUACUGGAUCCAGCAACCUGGUUCGAAGGAGCGUCCUCCAAAGAGGAAUCAGACAAAGCCUACGCAAUCAUGAGCUCGAAGAAAGGAACGCUCGAGAUGGAGAACGGGGACGUGAUUCACAAUGGGCGAAUCCUGAGGAGUGGAAACGCACAAAUGAAAGAGUCGUUAGCGCCCCUAUCUCCGGGUUUAACAAUUAUUCUAAAAGGUCUCACUUCGUACAUACAACUCACCGUGUUCGACAAGGAAUGGUUAAUUAAAGAUCAGAAAGCGUGGGGUGAAGCCAGGAUAUAUGGAGGAGACGCUCCAGUGGAAGAACUCACGAUAGACUUCGAGGUGUGGGGAGAUUGUAUGGAAUUGUUCUGCUCUCACCUGGUGGCAUGCGGUUGGGGACCUAUUGCUGAGCGAUUCAAAGGCCAUGUGGCGGUGGUGAAAAAGCUACGGAAGGACUUCGGCUGGAUGGUGGCAUUGAGGCAUUGUAGGCUGGUUCGUCAAGGGGUUAUGCGCAAAACCGUCGACAAAUCUAUUGGAAAUUACACCGAAUUACAAGAAAAAUUGUUAGUGGAGGCCAAAACAACCGCCGAGAGCUACAAUGAGCGGCACUAUAGAACCAAUCCUUACGCACCGGGGAGGCCAAAAGCCAACAUCUGCCCGUUAACUAACAAAGCAAAAUCAAACGCAACUUCUACCUCAACCUACACCACUCCCACGACUGAAAACCGCCACGCGUACACCAGUAAUUACAAGGGAAACGGAAAAAGGGGGAAAGGAAAUGGUUACAAAGGACGCCAUGACGAUGGUAGGAGACGGGAGGACUGGAAACGUGACGGACGUUACGCUGGAGAUCGAUACGCUGGUGACCGAUAUAUUAGGCACAGAAGCAGAAGUCGAAGCCCCGAUCGAAGGGAUAAAAGUGGAAACCCCGUAAAGGGAAGGAAGGCGUAA